UUGAGUUCUAUGCAAAACAAGGAAGUUAAAGUGCUCAGUUAAGAUUUGUAAUCCGACAAGUUUAGUUCGAUAUCAAAACAAAUAUAUUUGCUGAUAAAAAAAAAUAAAAAAUAUACUCCAACAAAAUUAAUCUAACCUUGAACUCGAAAACGGAGACCAGUCCUACCACUGCAAACAAAACCGUGCGAGACAUGAAUUUAAAGGUAGACGACAGAUUUGACUGCUCGAAGCUCUACAGCGAAAUAGAAACUAUGAAAAGUGACUAUGAUAACUGGAAGAACGUUCUAGAAAAAGUACGAGAUACGGUGAAAGCCAACAGUGCCGAGACUACGUUUGAUGUUAAAAAUAACGAAAAUGAAAUUUUUGUGACUAUCACGUUCACGCCCAACCAAUCAAAGUGCAUACAAAUAAAUGACGGCUACUACCUGAGGGCCUUCACUUUGCCCAACUGCUUGGAGUGGAUUCAAAAUAUCAUUGCAGAUCUAAAUGAAUCAUUAACGAAAAUCGACCUUGAUCGGAAUUAUGUGAGUACUCAACAAGAAAAACUCCACUCGACGGAAAAAUAUUUAAUGAAUAGGGAGAAAGCGCAACCUCAAAACGCAAUAAGUACAGAGGAACAGACCGAAGGGAAUGGUAAUUUGGUAAAGAAAACUGAAGGUCUUACUGCACUCAUGAAUCAUAGGCAGUCGGAGUUUGAGGCAUUUAUGCAAAAAGCAGAAGAGAAAAGCGCUUUGAUAAAUAAUUUGACAGAUGAAGUUCUUGUUAGGCUAAAUAAACUUACGAGCAUUCACUCUGAAAUGUUGACAGAUUCAAUAGUUGAUGGUAUUAAAAAAGAAAUCGACGAGCUCCUGGAAAGGUUUGGAGAAGAGAACAUAACAGCUGAGACGGCUAAACACUCAACCAACAAUCAAAGUAGUGUGACAAAGAUCGCUCCUACUAAAUAUAUUUCGAAAAAAACCUCGCAAACAAAACAUUAUUCCAAGGAUAUGGAAUUAAUCCAGAAACUGUUGCCUACUGUAGAUACACACAAAUCAGAACCGGUUCUAGUCGAUUUGAUGGAUAUUAGAAAGAUUAAAAUCAAAUUGAUUGAAUAUGAUUCAAAAAGAAACGGUGGCAUUGAAAAUAAGUUAGCUAAAAAUCAAGCAAGCCUUUGCGAAUUAAGUGACACUCAUCUGGGUGACAACUUUUCAGUUCAAAUUAUCUCGAACGAAAGCGUUACAAAUAAAAUUGGAUCUGAUGUAAGUGUUAGCGAUAAGAUUAACCCUAGUGAGAAUUACUCUCUUCAUAUAAAUUUUGUUAUUAAUCCUGACCAUGAAAUCUCCAUAUCUAAAAUUGAUUUGGGGAGAAAGGAAAAUGAGUCCGGCGCCAAUAGAGUCAACUCAAUGCAAAAUUCUAAUAGAACGCAAAGUCAAUUCCGUAUUCGAAAGGACUUAAAUUGCACCAAGUCAUUCAAGUGUGAUUUCAAGGCAAGUCUAGAUCGAUCGACGCGUGAAGGCCAAAAGGAAUCGGCACCAGACAUAAUGAUGAAAUAUAAUGAAUCCUCUGGAGGGAUGUGCAAUUCGAAAUGUAAAAAUGACGCGGUUUCCCGUCCUCCUUUUAAUAAUAUUUCAAAACUAACUUCUGACUUGGACCAGUUCAUAGAGGAGAUAAGAAACAUUUUAAGAUCAUGCUCGUUUGACUCUACAGAAGCAGAGAGUGCAACUAAUGGUGGUGCCAAUAAUAUUGAUCCGACUGAAAGUCGUUCAAAUAAAUUUAAAUUUUUGCAAAAGCUGGAUGAUAAUACGUCCUUAUAUAAGCUUCCUGACCUUUUACGAGACCGUAAACUUGAAAACACCGUGAAUGAGGAAAUCUGUGCAGAAAGCAACUCAAAUCAUAUCCUAAGAAAUAAUAAGAUUAAUAUAGAAAUGGAGUCUGGCACGGAAAAAAUGGAAAAUAGAUCGGAAAAGUCUUUCACGGUGAUUACAAUCCAAGUGUGCAAUGAUAGUAAAAAUCCUGAUGAUGCUUUUGAUCCAAAAUAACAAAAAAUAAAACCUUUUCUGUGUAAGAUAUUAUGAAGUGGAAUCAAUAUGUGAACAUGAAUUCUUUUUACAAUUUUAUAAUUUUGUACAAUCCAAAAAAUGUUUAAAUUUUGACACUAGCUGCUUGACAGCAAGAUUGCUUGCCAAUAGAACACAUUGUUCUUCAAUUUAUGAACUACAGUUUUAAAAUCCGAAGACUUGUAUUACAAUAAUCUAACUGGUUCUGUCCUAAAAAGCACGCAUUUUUCUUCUGGAUGAAAUGAAUCUUAUUUCUCGCCGAACUUAUGCACAAAUUAAUUAUUGUCUUUCAGUUAUUAUUAAAAUUACAUUGCACCGUUAUCUUUUAUAAAGACGCCCAAAUAUCCGAUAUAUGCGACACAACAACAAAAUUAUUAAUAAAAUGCUGUUACCGAAAUAUGAUUAUAUGAACUUUAUUUUCCGAGUGUUGUACCUAAUUGAUUUAGUUUAUUCGUACUUCUUAUCCAGCCCGAAAAUGAGUAUUUCUCCACGUGCCAGAAGCUGGGAAAGAAGAGCUUCUCCUAUCCAAAUCAGAAAUGUCACCCACCCAAAUGAAUAAUUAAACAUAAUUAGCUCUCAUUAAAUAGGGUCUUCCCCCGGAGCAGGCCAAGCCCGAAUACAAAACGCAGCAUCGACGCACACAGUAGGCCAGCUCAGGGGCUUUCUGGCCAAAUCAAAGCGAAUCAACAGCACAGUGCGUUGGGGUCGGGCUCCAAAGUGGGCUGUAGUGACCCCAAUAAGUCAACUGCAAUACAUAAAUUUCGACACAGCAGCCGGCCUGGACGAGGUUUGCCACCUGGCCCAAACCCAAAUACAAACCCAGUGCGGAGGACUAGACCAAGUGUUUGCCAUUGCGACUUUGGCAAAUAACCCAGAGAAUCGUUGAGGAAGAGGCUAAACGGUGCGGAGCAUUGCUGUGUUUAAGGAAUUCCUGAUUGACAAUGUGGUCCUCAUCGGGGUCCGCCCACUUUUGUCGCCUUCGCCGUUGGUCAAGAGCAAAUUUGGCAAUACAACAAAACGGCUUUAACCUUUGACAGGCCGCACACAUUUCAAUUGUUGAACAUUUUGUGGUCCUACGGUCAGGUCGAACAUUAAAAUUGAUUACCCCAACAAUUUGGCUAAUGGAUGACUUUUGGACUUUCAAGCUCUCAGGAGUUCAGUGUUUCCAUCUGCGCGCAUACAGAGCAAAUAUAAUUUUAUAAGGAAUUUUAUAUCCUUAAAUUAAGAUUUACAAAAACUGGUGAAGACUAUAAUUAAAGAGAGGCUACAGUAAAGUUUCUCGACUAUCAGAUACCCGUACUUAGCUAGUGGGAUAUUUUUGCAAAUCGAAGAAAUGGGACAGAA